CCCGGAAGUGAUUCAUAAUGGAAAGGUAGUGAUGACUGUCAAAGCAGUUAUGAUGGAGAAAUUUGAUUAGUUAUUACUGAUGUGUGUGUUUGACUGAGACUGAAGUGCCAUAACGGACUAAAAUUGAGCAUGUUUUCUCAAGUACCACAAGCAAGUCCAGUGCAACCUAAUAAUCCUGCAUUGUAUGAGGAAGUGAAAUUAUACAGAACAUCAAGAGAGAGGGCUAAAUAUGACAACAUGGCUGAUCUGUACGCGGUGAUAAACACACUGCAGAGUUUGGAGAAGGCUUACAUUAAAGACGCUGUACAGCCGAGGGAGUACACAGGAGCUUGCUCCAAACUGUUGGUGCAGUACAAGGCUGCCUUUAAACAAGUCCAGAGUGAUGAGUUCCCAAAUGUGGAAACCUUCAUGAAAAAAUUCAGAUUGGACUGUCCAGCAGCAUUAGAGAGGAUUAAGGAUGACCGUCCAAUCACAAUAAAGGAUGAUAAGGGAAACACUAGUAAAUGUAUAGCAGACAUUGUAUCGUUAUUCAUCACAGUUAUGGACAAACUUCGAUUGGAGAUCAGAGCUAUGGAUGAGAUCCAGCCAGAUCUGAAGGAAUUGAUGGAGACAAUGAGCAGACUAAGCAUUGUGUCCUCAGAAUUCGAAGGCAAAGUCAAAGUAAAGACUUGGUUGGACACAUUUAAUGGGAUGUCUGCCUCAGAGGAGUUGGAUGACAGUCAGGUGCGACAGAUGUUGUUCGAUUUAGACAGUGCUUAUAAUGCAUUUAACAGGCUACUACACGACCACUAGGCUGCUGUAACAACCCACUAUCACCUACAAGUCUGUGGCAUGUACAGUGUAUCAGAGGCCGUGACAGGUUGUGGGGGAUGUGUUGGGACUAUAAUGACAAAUAACAACUUGAGGUACUAUCACAAAAAGUCUUUCACUUUGUGUUACAAUACAACACGAAAUUUGUUUUUAAACAACUUCAAAGACAUUUCUGUUUUUGUUAUAACUACAGAAACUGGAGACCAUAUUUACUUAAACUUGCUAUCCAAAGCUUUGUUGUAAGAAUUUUAUUACAUUGUCAUAUACAAUGUUAGUCUUAGUUACAGACACUUUGAUUUAAAUAAAAGGUUAUGAUUAUAAAAAGAAAGAAACCAUAUGUAUAUAAUGUAAACCAUCAACCUUUAGUUAUAUAAAUCACAGACCUUUGGUUAUGGUACUCACUGUGACACAGUUACUGUGACACAGACCUAUGGUUAUGGUACUCAGUGUGACACAGACGUUUGGUUGGGGAACUCACUGUGACACGGUUACUGUGACACAGACCUAUGGUUAUGAUACUCACUGUGACACAGACCUAUGGUUAUGAUACUCACUGUGACACAGACCUUUGGUUAUGGUACUCACAGUGACACAGACCUUUGGUUAUGGUACUCACUGUGACACAGGCCUUUGGUUAUGGUACUCACUGUGACACAGACCUUUGGUUAUGGUACUCACUGUGACACAGACCUUUGGUUAUGAUACUCACUGUGACACAGACCUUUGGUUAUGAUACUCACUGUGACACAGACCUUUGGUUAUGAUACUCGAUGUGACACAGACCUUUGGUUAUGAUACUCACUGUGACACUGACCUUUGGUUAUUAUACUCACUGUGACACUGACCUUUGGUUAUGAUACUCACUGUGACACAGACCUUUGGUUAUGAUACUCGAUGUGACACAGACCUUUGGUUAUGGUACUCAGUGUGACACAGACCUUUGGUUAUGGUACUCAGUGUGACACAGACCUUUGGUUAUGAUACUCGAUGUGACACAGACCUUUGGUUAUGAUACUCACUGUGACACUGACCUUUGGUUAUGGUACUCACUGUGACACAGACCUUUGGUUAUGAUACUCACUGUGACACAGACCUUUGGUUAUGGUACUCACUGUGACACAGGCCUUUGGUUAUGGUACUCACUGUGACACAGACCUUUGGUUAUGGUACUCACUGUGACACAGACCUUUGGUUAUGGUACUCACUGUGACACAGACCUUUGGUUAUGAUACUCACUGUGACACAGACCUUUGGUUAUGGUACUCACUGUGACACAGACCUUUGGUUAUGGUACUCACUGUGACACAGACCUUUGGUUAUGAUACUCACUGUGACACUGACCUUUGGUUAUGGUACUCACUGUGACACAGGCCUUUGGUUAUGGUACUCACUGUGACACAGACCUUUGGUUAUGGUACUCACUGUGACACAGACCUUUGGUUAUGGUACUCACUGUGACACAGACCUUUGGUUAUGGUACUCACUGUGACACAGACCUUUGGUUAUGGUACUCACUGUGACACAGGCCUUUGGUUAUGGUACUCACUGUGACACAGGCCUUUGGUUAUGGUACUCACUGUGAUGUGGUUACUGGUACUACUGUUUACUGACUGCCGAGAACUAAAAAUCUUCCAUGAUUGAAGGAUCACUUCUUGAUAUCGUUUCAUAAUGAAUCAUAUUUAACUGAGUUCUUGUGUGUUUUCUAAGUGAUCUUAGCUGUAUUGUUACUAUGUAACCAUGAUGGUAUAUGUUAAUAUAUAUAUUUCCAGUUUGACCUUCCAGUGAAUGUACUGUAAUCCUAUAUAAGACUGCUUUACUGAGCAAAAUUGACCAUAAUGUAAGCCUGUGUGACCGACUGAGAUAAUAUAUAUGACCAAGAUAGCCCUAUGGCCACAGUCACCUUUGACCUUGACUUUUCUCUUGAAAAUACUGCUAUGCUGUAUGACCUUGUCAUUAAUUACUGUAACUGUGCAACAUUGACUUAACUGUUACGCUGUAUGACUAAUACUUGACUGUAAACCUUUGUGAUCUUGACUUGGCUCCGUGUGUGACCUUGGCAUGGUUGUAACCCUAUGAGACCUUGACAGAAUUGUAACCAAACUUUUGUGACCUUUACAAGACUGUAACCCUUCAUGACCUUUACAAGACUGUAACCCUUCUUGACCUUGACGUGACUGUAACCCCCUUUUGGCCUUUAAAGAUCUGGAGAGACAACAGUUAAGGAUACUCUGGAAUACCUGGAUAUAAAUUACACACGAAGCCAGAACUUCUACUCUGUCCUGUCUAUUAGUAUUUUAACUUCCAACUUGUUGACUGCAGGUAGGAACAAACAAAUGAAAUAAAAAUGUCCUGUAUGUUGUCUGUGUCAUCUGAAUACAUGGUGGUUUAGGGUUUUAUUAAUACUUAGGUUGAAUGCAUAUCGCUAAUAUCCCAAUGUAAUGCAUAGGAUACAUGAUUUUGAAUGUAAAUAAUACCACCAAUCUGUAACUGAAAUGACAAAGGAUGUGUACAAUAUUGUUGUAGUCUAGUUUCCUUUGUUCCAGAUUUCCCAGAAAUAUUAGUGUCCACUAUGAGAUAUUUUUGACAGGGUAUGAGUUGUGAGAAGCGAGUGUUUGACUGAUGGGUGAUUGUGGUAUUUGUAAUGCAUAUUCCUUAAAGAUUAUUUGUUUAUUGAUGUAUUCAAAAUGAAGUAAAUAUUUUAAAACUUGUGAAUAGAUAGGCUGACAGGGAAAGAUGUUUAAAUCCUUGAUGUGUGCAAGCCAGGGCUUAUCUAGUUUGCUGUACUAAAUUGCAUUCUCUGUAAAAUGUCAAAUUCAAUUAUUUUUUCAGAUACAACUUAGCCUGUUAUUGAAGUCAUUUGAGUAAUUAUAAUGUAAUUAGUUUUCCAUUGGUCCCCAGAUGUGUAUUGUGCCCACUUAUGCAUUUUGCCAUGACAAGUCAUUUCUGUAAAAGAAUUCUGAUUAGGUAUUUACCAUAUAUACUAUAGAUAAGGAUGGAUUAAAUCUACUGGAGGUGUUACCUGGGGUUUAUUCAAAUAUGAACUUAUUUCUUUAAAAGUUUGAGCAUCAUUACAUUUUAUGUGAAACUGUAACCCUUUUAACACCUAUUGAAUGAGUAAUAAUGUCCCCUUACUUUCCAUCGGUGACAAAGUUCUAUUUAGCAAUAUGUAUCUGUUACAAGUAUUCAAGAAAAAAGUCACAUGUUUCAUGCUUAUAUUAAUAAAAAUAACCUCAUUUAUGUAUUUAUUUAUUCAACUCACGAAAGUUAAUCAAGAAAAACAGUUUUAUCAGUUUUUUGUUUGUUUUACAAUGACAUUCUGUUAAUCAUUACAUUGUGGAGAGUGGUAUCCAGGGCAUCCAGUUGACCCUUGGUUUUUAGCAUUCAGAAGUCAAAUCACUAUUUUUCAGAAACAUGAAGGGUCAAGACACCUGUAAAAUAGACAUGUCUCUUCAUAAGGAAGAUUGAGUCAAAAACAUACUCUCAAGGGUCUACUGAAUGCCCUGGGUACUGUAAUUAGCCAAGUUUUGCACUCAAUAAUGAUUUCAUAGAUACAUAAACGAUUGUUGAGUUUUUUUUUUCUGCCAAUGCCUAGUCCUAGUCACAAAAGGUAACAUGCUUGUUAUAAAACUUGAGUUACUAGUGUAUCAUUUGGUUUUAUAUCCUGAUAAAAAUUAUUUUAAUUACCUGUACACUUUCUUGUGAUCAGUUUUUGUUUGGUAAGUAUACAGAGAUGUAAAUAAAAACUAUUGUAUCUGUU